GUAGGUGCCUGGAGCGGGGUGAGGGGGCUGCCGGGUGCCGCGACGGCUGGGGACAGUGCGCGGAUCGGUUGUGGUCGCUGGCGCUCCAAGGUUCGGGCGGAGCGCUCGUUGGAUACUGCCUUGCUGGCUGAAGGAUGACUACAGAGGCCGCAGGUCGGGGGCCGUGAAGAUGGCUCUCGGGCAGGCGCUCUGGCUGUGUACGAUCUUCCUGGUCCUGCCCGCCGGUAGCUGGGCCAGCGGUGGUCCGGAGCUAUGCGUGGUGACCCGGCUGGCGUCGCCGGACUUCUCGGCCGAGUACCACCAGCCGGUGCCGGCGUUCGGCUGCUUCAGCCGCUGCGUUACGGCCGACGGCCGCGAGGUGCACGCCAUGCGCCCGUCCACCAAGUACAGCAGCCGCGACACGCUGCCGCCCCAGGAUCGGCCGAAGCUGGUGCUGCGGGUUCUGCCGCCGCCCGAGGGCACCCCCGUCAGCAGGGAUAUCGUGCUGAUCCUGGACGCUUCGUCGUCGGUUGACUGGACUGUCCUGGGUAACGGCGCCUUCGACAACGCUACCGCCUUCCAGAUAGUGCUGACCAAGCUGUCGGCGGUGGAGCGGACGGACCUGCCGGCCGUGUCGGUGACGCGACAGCCGGCGCGUCCGCGCGCCGCUCUGCUCGACUUCAUCGUCAAGGAGUUCGGUUGCAUCACCUCGUUCACGGACGUGACCGUUGCCGACCUGGUCCGGCUGCAGAUCGGCACUGCGGCGGAGGCGCCGGAAGAGUGCGACGCUCACCACGUGCUGCGGCCCAACGCCGAGCUGACGGCCUAUCAGCGGCGACCGGUGCCGCUGGACGGCUGCUACCACCGCCACCUGGCCGGCAUCGGACAGCGGGACGUGUACGUCAUCGAGGUGGCCGAGACGGACCGCACCUUCAGUGACAGCGACGUCACGAUCCGCCUGUCGCCGUCGGACACCAGGGAGCGGCAGUCGGGUAACGUCACCCUGCUGCUGAAGGCGGCCAUGCCGGUCACUUGGUCGCUGAUGACCGAGAGGUUCUCCGGCGACAUUUUGGUGGUGACCGAGUUUCCCGUGGUGAACGACAGCCUCGACAAGUCCGUGUCACUGAAGGUGAAGUUGACCCGCCUGCCGGACUCGUUCAACGACCUCGUCAUCUUCGCGGUGGGCUACUCGAGCGGGCCGCCGGUGGCGUACAUCCGCUCCCUGGCCGCCCAUCGGCUCAACAUCGGGCUGCACUCGGCGUCAGGUGGUUUCAUGGACCAGGCACGAACCUCAAAAGGUACCCGGAGGGCGUCCAAAAAGAGCUCACCAGGCAGCAAGCGGGACAUGCGACGGCCAGAGGCGACCGGCUGGCGCGCGGGCGCCGCGUCAGGCGUGCUGCGUCGCGCGCUCUCCGUCACCUGCGAGCUGGGCCGGCUCGUGGUGGCCGUGCCGGCCGAGCGGGCCGACGAGCGGCGCGUGCGCGCCCUCCGGCUGGCCGACCCCACCUGCCGCUCGUUCCGCAACUCGUCCCACCUGGUCAUCAGCCAGCCACUCGACGACUGCGAGACGCGGCGGCGCGUCGUCGACGGCAAGGCGGUCUACCUGAACACGGUGCACUUCGUGCCGUCGGGCGCGCCGCCGGACGACGAGGACUUCGAGGGCUCCGGCUCCGGCCUAGGCCUGGCUGAUCCGUGGGAGGAGACGGCGCCGGAGCCGGACGACGACGGCGGUCUGGUGCCGGUCAGCUGCACCCACCCCGGCUGGACGUCCCCGGAGGUCACCCUCAACCAGAACCGGCGACAUCAGGAGGAGGUGCUCAGCCCGGACGAUGUGGACUCGUCCGUGUACUCGCUGGAGCUAUUCUCCGACGAGGUCUUUGCCGCUCCUAUUGAGCCAAAUGCGCUGGUUCCUGUUACGCAUAGCAUAUAUGCACGCGCUACUAUUCGUAUAGCCCCGUACCUGCAGCCCGUUGUGGAGGAGUGUUGGGUCAGCAAGGACAGCGACCCAGACACACCGUACAAGUUCCUGAUCAUCCGCACGGCGUGUCCUGUGGACCGGAGUGUUUCGUUCAUGGACGCCACGCCGCCCGACAGCGACGUCUUCAGCUUCCAGGUGUCGCGCCAAUACCUGGAGCUGGGGCCGUACUACCUGCACUGCCGGCUCGGCGUGUGUGUGCGGCCUAACUACCCGGCCAGUCCACACAUCGCCAAGUGUGUGGACCGGCGCAAGCACUGCGCGGAGUUCGGCGGCAGCGGCGGCCGGCCCGUGGCGUCCGGGGUGCAGGUGGUGACGCGGGGCCCUCUGCUACCCACCGUCGCCGGCGGCCCGGCAGACCGUGCAGCGCCGCCUGAGCCCGGCCCGUCGCCGGCCCGGCCGCUGGAUCAGGCGCCCGUGGUCCGUCUCGGGGUCGAGCCUGAGACCGUGGCCGGCAUCGGCGUGGCCGCCUUCCUCCUCGGCGUCACGCUCAUGGGCGGCGUCUGGCUCAUACACUCGAAAAUCGGGCCUUCGAAGCGGCACCAGUUCCAGGCAGUUCCACAGAACCCCACCCUGGAGGUGGCCGGCCAGUCGGCCAACUCGACACCCAGCUCGCAGACACCAAUCAUCGUCUGACACAUUACCCACGGUCUCGCUUCGGCCAAUCGCCGGCAGCCUCCAACGGACGACAUGCGGCUGACGGCCAAUCACCAUCGUCAGCUCCACCUAGGAGCUGACCCCGGCCAAUCAGCCGAGGCCGGAGCGCUACCGUGAAGGGUGUGGGCCGGAGCGGCCGCCGGCCACGAACUACCAGUAGGUACUUCCUAGAUCGGAAGACAUUAAUUUGUGCAGUACAAAUGUUAUUACCUCAAACAUUUUAGUUUGUUCCUAUCAGUUUUCAGCCAUUCACAGUCAUACGGUGUCCUGCGCAGUAGUGGCGCACGCGAUGGGCCGCGGCGGGCGGGUCACGUGACCUGUUGCGCUCAUGGGCCCUGGUCUGUACCUGCGCCGCUUUAUCUGGUGAGGCCUGUUGUGGAAGCAUGCCAUCGGUCUGAUGUGGCGCCGGCUGAGCGUCUGCCGUGUACUUACUGUGCUGACGCGCGUCCUAGUGUGCUUCCUCUGGAGGGAGGGACGGAAAUGCGGAAUUUGCGAUUUUUAGAGGGGUUGAGGUACCUGCGUUGCUGACAGAAAAGGCGUUGUGGAGACACUUCCGGGAUGUCUCCUCCGUUGGCCUUUGUUGUGGAACUGUGGAGCUCGGGGUGAGAGAAACUUCGUGGAGGAACUUGGUGACAGGUGCACUUGAUUUUGGGGUAUCUGCCGCUUUGCUUUAACAGUGGCCUAAUAUGAUCUGUUGUGCCCAGAUUAGUUUGGUGCAUGAAAAGUAUUCGCCUGUAUUAGAAUGUCCUAUGCACUCGUUUCUUUUUGGCUAUGCUCUCUCUCUCCCUCUCUCUCUUGCGGCGCCAGUGUCUGACGAGUGGGUAGGUGUCUCCGUUUUGUGGAGGCCGGCGCCCAGCGAGCGUUGUUCCUGCCGUGGUGGGCCACAGUUCUGCUCUGAGCUGUCAUCACACUGAUAUCCAUACGGGUGGAGACUGGACUUUGCUCCUGCCGGUCGGCAGAUGGAUCCAGGCGUGGCGGAAGGUGUUUGUUGUGGUUUGUAUGCUGUUUUGACGUCGCCGAACGUCCUUGUAUGGCCCGCCUCGCAUGGGCAUUUCGUGGAUGCUGGUUUAUGAUUGUGUUAUCGCCGAACAUGGUUCCGAUGAAUAUGUUUCGCGAGUGCAUGCUGUUCUAUUGUUCCACGGAAUCUGUGAAAGCUUUAGCGCUAUAUCUCCAUACAUCCAAAGAGUCCUGUAUUUAUAAAAGCCAAAAUGGCAUGGAGGCCAUGCAGCUCGCAGAAAUCAAUUUAGGCCGCUACAUGUCAAUAAUGUGCGAACAGUUUGAUGGUGCUGUCUUAAUUAAACACGUUAAUUGUGGUCGUACCAUUACCUCGUGUAGCCCUGCUCGCAUUUCCUUUGCAUUUGAAUGACUGCUGCGCAAUCGCGCAUGGUAAUGCUGGUCCCACUCUCAAUCAAUCCAUACUUAAAUUUAAGCCGACAAAACAGUUGCGCCUGCGUAAGCCGGCACCAGCUGGCCGCUGUGCGUCGGCGGCACCAGCGGGAUGUUGCCUGUCGGUGACGCCAGCUGGCUGCUGCCUGUCGGUGACGCCAACUGACUGCUGGUUUUCGGCGGCACCAGCUGGUCACUGCCGGUCGGCGGCACCAGGUGGCCGCUGCCUGUCGGCG